CAACGUCCAUGUGAUCCGAAGCGCACCAUUCAGAUUGUAAUUGGUUGACACUUUCAGCCAAUUAAAAUAGUUUUACAGGUCCGACUUCGCCCCUUUUAGUAGAAGCGCUGUGUUCGAAGUGUAACCCACUGGGAGACUCACGGUUUAAAAAAACAACGUCUAACUGCUGAGCAGCGAGCCUAUCAGAAAGUAAUGCGCUGACCAUUUGAUGACUUUAAAAACAACAUGUCGUUGAUCGGAAGCGCGCGCUGGAGCGACGGCAAAAGAAUGCGACUCAACAUGUCUGACGAAGCUCCGGGAGCGACGAAGAUUCGGAUGCAGAGUUGUUGGGCGUUUACACGAAUGGGGAAAGCAAGACCGGCUCGUCUCUUAAAACUGAAUAUUCGAGGUAUUCACCUGAAUUGAAUAACCACAAAGAUUGCAGAUGGACUUAUUCACAGCAGAUAUGCAGUGGAGAAAGUCCCAGCCCACCUGUCCCAGCUCUUGGUAAUUUGUGUGAUGGCAAGCAGCUCGGUUCUAAUAUGAGUUCCCAAAGUCCAAAACAAGGACUUGCAUUUCCAGGAGUUGAAAGGCUGACAGGGUACACUUUCACUCUGCCAAACAACCCUCAGUUUCCAUGUCAGUCUUCAGGAAACCCACUAAGAAAAAAAGAUCGGACAGCUCCAGAGCUGCUGUCUGCCAACGAUCGCUUUCCUGGUAAAACAUGGAUUACAAAAACAACUGAUGGAUGUGAAAAUGAUGUCAGAUGGAGACAUUUGUGGAUGCCACAUGAUUUAUGUGGUUCAUCUUAUAUUGAACCUUCUAACAUUAUCUCCUCACAGAGUUUACAUAGUCAAUUUCCCAGUGACAUGCAUGAUAAAUAUGGCUUUACUACAGACUCUUUAAACAGUACAGUUAAUGCUUCUUACAUUACAGGUCAGCCACCAUCUCCCCACAUGUCUUCACUGCCACAGCAGGGCAGCUCUGUGGAGGUAGGGUUGAAAAAGGGUGGAAAAGUGGAAAGUGUUGCAGAACAUAUUCCACUGGAGUUGGAGAGAAAAAAUUGUGAAGAGUCUGGGGGAAAUAGCUUUCAAAAUGAUGCUGUUGCUCUCUCCCCUGUGAGCUCCUAUGGCUCAUAUUACUGUCCUAGUGAGAUAGACCCAGUUGACGUACACAAUUACAGCACAUGUGAGGCAUUGUUGGACAGUAUCUCUACAGACACCUAUUCCUCAUCGCCAAUAGGUUCUGGCCAGAGUCAAGGCAGUCUUCUAGUAGGAAGUUUAGCUCAGACAUCUGGGUCCUAUGAAAGCAAGGCUGGAGGGACAGCUGAAACCCCCUCCCAGUUUCCCAGUGUCACCCAGUUAAAUGCCAGCUCUGACUCUCAGACGUUGGUUGAUACCAGGAUUGGGCUUGGCUUCGGCCUUGCCCCCAGCCCCAGCAUGCCCCAUGCCACAAGACCCAGCAGCCCAACCUCCACUGAUAUUCUUGCUGGUGACUCUCCUGAUUGGGUGGCUGAUGAUGCUGAGCUGCCCAGUGAUAGCUCACUUAGUGAUAACAAACCAAGCCCCAUCAAUGACCCCUGCAUGCUUACCUUUGGUGAUAUCAGCAAAGUACAAUUGGACAGGGAUGCAAGUCCCAACAGGCACGUGCCCAGUUUCAUUCAGAAUGCUGGUGAGGAAAUGGAGAAGGAGGUUGGUGAGGAGUCUGACCACGAAUCUGGUCUAGACUGCACUUCCCAGGACCGUUGUUACGUGUCCAAAGCCCACUUCAGGAAGCUCAAGCCUUUAAGCAGAAGGCUACCUCAAGACCAGACAUUGGUUGAGGUUGAAGAUGAGGACAAGGAAGAGGAUUUUGGUCCUCGGGAACAGCUUUGUCGGCAAAGCCUGAGCUUGGUAAAUAGCACAAUAGAAGAGAACUACCCAGAAGGCACACUGCAGCUGCUGUCAGAUUUCCUCCAUCCCCGUUUCUAUCCCCCCUCUGAAGUGAUGAACCACCUGAUACGGGGAAUCCUGCUGGACACCCAGUGCCCCAUCACCCUUGUCACCGAGGCCUACAACCUUCUGAUGAGAAUACAAAAGUACCACCCAGCAAACCAGUCUACAUUUCAAUGGGACUGGGAGUUGCUGACCUCUGUCAUGGGCACUCAGGAUAAUUCCAGGAAGCACCGAAGCUCAGUUCAGUGCAUGCUGCUACAGUACAUACUGCAGACACUGGAAGAUGACUUCUGGGCAAAUUUAUACAUGCUGCAACCCUCCAUUGUUAGGGCUGUGCUGUCAUGUGACGGGAAGUUCAGCAAUGUCAGAGAUGUCAUUGGUUGGCUGAUUUGUGCAGUGAAGAAUUCAACAGUUGACCCUGCUGCUGCUGAAGCUGAAACUGCUGAGGAAAAAAUGGACAGGGAUGAAAAUCUUCAGAUAGUGUUCCUCUUGCAGAAAGUGCUGACUCUGGUUGUGGAGGCGGACCGCUUUCCUACCCUCAGCUGCAACAAGCUGUCCCGAGAACUGUUCCAGACACUGGUCAGCACUGUACCCCUCCGACAACACAGGAUGCUUUUGCUGGAGACCAUAGAGAACAAAUUGCUGAGGUGCAAGAUUCUGGAGCUGCUUUUGGAGCACACUUGUCAGCAAAAGACCAAGCUGCCCAUGUCACUAAGCCUCAUAUUGCAUUUUGUCCGCUACUCUCAACCCAUGGAUGGGGCUGAAACACAACAAAAGUGGAGUGACCUCAUCCAGCUGCUUUGGAUGCUGCUGCUCAGCUAUGAGGAGGUGAAGGAGGGUCAUCUGCGACUGUCUAUCUCCGACCGCUUUAGGUCCAAUCGUAUCCCGAUCCAGACGCUACAUGACGAGAUUACACGGGAGGUGGUGCAGGAAGUAGCAGAUGCCUUUCUGUCUCGGGCAUCAGCCGACCUUGGCUCUUCCCUGCCCCCACAAUUACAACAGUCCUUCUCUUAUCUGAAGGAUAACCUGUUGGAAGCCUGUCAGCACUGAUGUUCUUGUUUUUAAAGCCUGUUUUAUAGUGUUAGUUUUGAAAUAUUUAUUUGUGCAAAAAUGCUGUAUGACAUUUUUAAUAUUACACCAAAGCGAAGGAAAGUGAGACUUUUUUUUUUUAAACUUUUCACUGUGUGAAAGAUUAACUUUUAAUGUCUAGUAUUCAAUAUUUGAAUUCAGCAGUAACUGGAAAGAAAAACAAGCCCAUGUACUUCACAAAACAUGAAACCACAUGUUGUGGGUGUGAUAAUCAUCCAUUUUAAAGUACUUGCAUUAGUACGGAUGAAAUUUUUUUUUUUUUUUUUUUUUUUUUUGUAAACAUGCACAUUUUAAUGACUGCUAUUUCAUGGUUGUAUGAAACAAGAAUUUUGUCAUCUAUAGGA